AUGUCCAGCGCCGUGGGUGAGAACACACUGGUGGUAGCGUUGGUGAGGUUCUCCAAGGCUGCUGCCUGUGCAGCAGGGAGGAGCUGGGUGCUUAUCUCAGGAGCUGAAGGCUUCACCCUGGGCCAGCUGCUCCCUUCCCACCACCCCAGGAUUGACUUUGGGUCCCCGCAGCGGCUGACGUGUCUCUCACUGAGGAGAGAGUCAGAGCAGGGUGGUGUGGCAAGGAGAGAGCAAAGCAGCACCAUGGGCACCCCGCUCUUCCUCUCCCUCUUUGUCAUCCUGCUCAGCAGGGGCUCCCCAGCAGCGUGUGCUGGAGACAACAGCUCUGCAUCCCACGGUACAGCUGGCACCAGCGAGAAACCUAUUGCAUUGAACAACAUUGUGGACGCUGAAGCUUUCAUCAGCAGUGAGGAGGUGACAGUCAUUGGAUUCUUCCAGGAACCGGAGAGCCAAGAAGCGUCCCGGUUUCGCCUGGCUGCCGACCGGAUCCCGGAGGUGCCCUUCGGCCUCAGCACCAGCCCCGAUGUCUUGUCCCACUACGGCGCCGCGGCCAACACCGUCACGCUGUUCCGCAGGGUAGACAAUGCCCGCAGGGAUCUGGAUUUGAACAACAAAGACAUUGAUGCUGAGAAGAUAACUCGUUUUAUCCGGAUGAAUGAGCUCCGCCUGGUGACAGAGUACAACCCUGUGACGGCAGUAGGUGUGAUGCAGAGUUCGCUGCAGCUUCAUCUCCUCCUGCUGACAGACAAGAUGUCCCCAAAGCACUCUGAGCGAAUGAGCAGUUAUCGGGCAGCAGCAGAGCUCUUCAAGGAUAAGAUUCUCUUUAUCCUGAUAGACAGCAAUUUGCAGAGCAAUGAGCACACAGUGUCAUACUUCAGACUGAAGAAGUCCCAACUGCCAGCUCUAGCUAUAUUCCAUGCACCAGAUGAGGAGCAGGAUGUGUUGACUCUGGAUGAAGUCUCCAUUGAGCGAAUACAGGACUUCUGUAAUCGUUUCUUACAAAGAAUGCAGGAGAAAGAAGACAAACCUGAGGAGAAGGUGCUCAAUGAGGAACUCUGAUCCUUUCUUAGCCAACAGAGUGACUGUGCCCAGAGUCAUCUGCACCUGGUGUAUGAAGAGUUCACUGGGCUCCACAGCUCAGAAAUUCCUUGGAUGGUAGGAUUAAGGGGCUAAGUCAGUCAUGGAUUCCCGUCUCCGUGCUAUGUAGAUGUAUGUUUUCUGUCCUCUCUAGGAACCUCUUCGCCCUUCCCGCUUGUUGGCUCUAACUCACUCUUGUCAAUACUCCAGGAGCUCUGGUGUUGCCUACAUUGUGUCUUUCCUUGGCACCUCUGUUGAAGUAAAGGAUAAUACAGCAAAAUAGCAAUAGCAGAGUUAAAACUUGUAG